CCGAGUUUUACUAAAGGUCGUAAAUUUUGCCGUAGACGUAGACGUAAACGUAGACUUUACGACUGAAUUUACGUGUACGUAGAUAGCGUUUUACUAAAGGUCGUAUCUGCGCCCGUAAACGUAGAUCCUAACGUAACUUUCCACGUAGUUUACGACUGGAACUCUUCUAAAAAGAGAUUGUAAAGUGCAUUAGCAACGGAUGCUGCGCAUGCCCAAUACUACUUCCGUGAUCGUCUGCAACAAUCAUUACAAUGGAGAAAAUGGAGAAAAAGCCUAGAAAACCUAACUGGACAGACUUCGAAAUGGAGGUACUGGUUGAGGCCUACGCCUCAUCAGUAAAAGUAAUCCGUGGUAAGCUCUCUCCCGGGCUUACCACGGAUUCCAAGAAAAAAGCCUGGGAGGCGAUUACUAACAAGGUGAAUUCUGUGUCGAUAGGUUGUUCAAGAACAACAGAUGAAACUAAGAAAAGGAUUCAGGAUGUCCAAUCAUCAAUCAAAAAGAAAGAAGCCUUCAGAAAGAGAGAGGCAAUGAAAACCGGAGGAGGGCCUCUCGCUGAGGUACAAAUGAAACCUUGGGAGUUGGUUCUGCUUAGCACAAUUCCAAGUGAGGCAAUACAUGGUAUCGAGGCUGGAAUAGACACAGGGAACAGGAAAGACAAAACCAGAGAGAUGCAAUACUGUCCUGGAGAGAUGGGGGAUAGUUGUCCCAAAGAGUCUAAGGAAAAUAUUUCAGAAUCUGUGAUAAACAUCAUUCCUGACCCAGUGCAGGAGGCAGCUGACCAAAGAAUGGAAGAGUUAAUAAGAAUGAAGAAGAAAAAGUUGGAAUUAGAGGAAAGACAAGUUUCAGCUCUAGAAAAAAUUGCAAACACUCUUGAAAGACUUCAGGAUCAUCAAGCUUCUCCAUCGGAGUUCUCUCUCUCUCCCGUCAUUAAGUUUUAA